CUUGAAAGAUUUAAGGAUCAUUGGUGUUCUUGAUGGCGAUGGUUAUGAGUGUUUGUGUCGCAUUGUGAUGGAAGCACCAAAGCUUAUGUAUCUUUACCUUGAGGAUUUCACAGAGUUACAAUUUCGAGGAAGUAGUACUCCAUUGUUGCCAUGUCUUUAUGCAACUCAAAUUGACACUAGUGAGACUGGAGGCUCGUAUGAUAGCCUGAUUAGGUUACUAACCCAGAUCUCCAAUAUGAAGGAAAUGUGCUUGUACUACAGAACUCUUGAAUUUCUAGCAGGAGGCGAUGAUGUUCGGCGACUUGUCUUCCCCAAUUUGUCACAAUUGACAAUCCAACCUACUGAAAGUUGCAGCAGCUGGAUUCUGCACUCCUUACUCCACUCAUCCCCCAAAUUACAAUCUCUUGACAUUCAAAUGGGGUUCUCUAAUGGGCCAAUGAUGUGGGAGGAGAUAGAGCUUACUCGUACGCUACAGUGUUUGCAGUCGAGCCUCGAGGAAAUCGAAAUCAAUGGUUUUGUACCAUUUGAAAAUGAUGUGAAGAUGGUAGGGAAUUUGAUCAAUGCAGGAGUCGUACUGAAGAAUGUAGAUAUAAUCGUAUUCCGUAAUCCUACCAAAGAGCAACGUAAG